AUGCAAAUUUUACGAUUUGCGCCCCUUAUAUUUUUCUUCAUACAAGCUGCUGAGCAAUUGGAGGAAUUGCCAAGCUUCUAUGAUGGUUUUUACUAUGCUCCAUGGGGAAGGGCUUCAAUACUCGAAGAGGCGGUUUGCGGCAACGCGCAGGUCGAUUUCAAACAAGACAAUAGCGCUACGAAAUCUAUCCUGGCGGAAUGUAAGGCUGAUACAGAACCAGUGACGGACGAUAUUACGAUUGUCGAAUUCGGAAACACUUCAAUCCUCUAUGGAUCAAAUCAUUUGGAGGGAUGGUGGGCGCUGUACAGUCUUCGAGCGGAGCAUCCUGAGCUCGUCUCCGCUACAUUUGAUGAAGCAAUUUCGGAGCAAUUGCAUGCCGGUCGACAGGCAAAAAGUGCGAUGGAACAAAGAAUAGCUACAAUGAAAAGAGCGUUGACAUCCGGACCCGCCAACUUGCGGGAAAAUCAGUGGCUGAUACCAGACAAAUUGCAAUCAGCCCGUUCGAGCGACCAUUUCAAUAUUACACCAAUGGCAUGCCUGGAGAAUUCUAUUCAAUUUCGGGUCUGUCGUCAUGGUCGGAGACAGUAUGGCCAACUUGUCCCGCUACUUCAUAAGGGAUGGUUCGAGGAUGACGUUUACAAGUGGAUUGAUGCUCCUCUACAAUUAUACGUUUGGGAUGAGUCCGGACCCCGAUGGAUAAAUGUCAAGCUUUGCAAGAACGAUAAAGCGACCAAUGAAUGGCGGUGCGAAAAAGACAAUGACUCGAAGUUCGUGUUUCCCCGAUUGGAAGGAGGUGCCGUCAAAGAGAUCGCUGCUAGGGCUCUAGAUUUCACAUUUAUCCGUCACGCAGGGGAUACACACGUCUUCGCAACCAACAUUAGGAAAGUGCGCCUGAACGAUGAGGUUGUCGAAUUGAAUACAAAGAUCUUUGCAUACGAACUGCGCGUUGGGGACAAAGUACAAGUCGGCUCAAAAUAUAUUGAAAUCAUGGCAGAUCCGUUCAACCCAGACGUGGAUCCUGUGGUUCUCACCCGGCGUCAUCUAAUCAUGAUGGCACUUGCUGGCGGCACGGGGAUUGGUAUUUUCAUCAUCAUCGGCCUGUUGGUAUUCAUCUGGCGGCGCGUUCGAGCUUUCCGCGGACGAUCGCGGGCCCUGCCACGUGUU